AUGAAGAAGAACGGCGCCAAGGCUCAUUGGACAGAGUGGUCAGGCCAGACUGAUCGAGUCAACACCACACCUCGCUCACUUGAGAAGAGGAAGAGGGGGAAAAACAAGAUGGCUGUCAUCUGUCUCGUAAAAUGCUUCAUGUUGCUCGACGAACUGGCACUAUCCUGUUCUCCUCAGAACGGCACUUCCGGUGGCAAGGCGGACUUGGCCUCCCACUCGAAAUCCGUUCUCGUCAACUCUGUUGGUGUGGUGGCCCCCAUGGGAUUGGACGUCGCCAAGUGA